CCUGAUUGAGCAAUGUAGCCUUCGAGGUCUUAUCCAGGCAUCAAAUUCGGCUUCCCUUUUCAUCUCUCCUGUUCAAAUUCAUACAAAGCGCUACUUAUAUCAUUUCUUCAACAGCAACAUUAAUAAAACUAAAACAUGUUUCAUUUUCUCCUUUUCCUUUCACUUAUUUCUGCCUUUGGCUUCCCAGCUUUUGCUUCUGGAGCAGCCCGCUUGCCGGACAGUGAAGUGAAAGCUUUAAAAGAGAUAGCAAAGACGCUGGGCAAGAAGGAUUGGAAUUUCAAUGUGGAUCCAUGCAGUAAAGAAAAGAGCUGGCAUCCAGAGGCUCAAGUGAAAGGAUCUGAGAAUAAAGUCGGAUGCGAUUGCUCAUUCUCCAAUGCCACUGUUUGCCAUGUUGUCAGCAUAAUGCUGAAGUCUCAGAAUCUCCCAGGCACUCUCCCGCCGGAAUUGGCCACCCUCCGUUUCCUCCGAAAGAUUGACCUCGCUCGCAACUAUCUUUCUGGUCCAAUCCCGUCGGAAUGGAGCUCCCUGCAGCUUGUCUUCAUAUCCCUUCUUGGAAACCGCUUAACUGGUCGAAUUCCAGAAGCUCUUGCAAAUGUUACAACGCUUAAAGAUUUAAUUUUGGAGUUCAAUCAAUUUUCAGGAGUUUUGCCUCCGCAGCUUGGAUUUUUGCCCAGCAUUGAAAGACUCCUUCUUACCUCGAACAAUUUUACUGGGGAAUUGCCAAAAACAUUUGCUAACUUGACCACACUGAAGGACUUUCGAAUUGGCGAUAACAACUUCGUUGGACCAAUACCUGAUUUUAUUCAGAACUGGACAAACCUUACAAAAUUAUAUAUUCAUGGAAGUGGUUUGGAAGGUCCAAUUCCUUCUGGCAUUUCUGCUUUGGAAAAUCUAAUUGAGUUGAGAAUUAGUGACUUGAAUGGAAACGAUGUGCCUUUCCCAUCACUUGAAAACUUGAUUAAUCUGGAGAUACUGAUUUUGAGAAGUUGCAACCUCAUUGGAGAAAUACCAUUAUCUCUUGCAAACCUUACAAAUUUGCAGACCUUAGAUCUCAGCUUUAACAAACUAAGUGGAGUGAUCCCUAGCAACUUUACUGGUUUACAAAUUGCGACUUACAUAUUUUUAACCAGAAACUUGCUAACUGGAGAGGUGCCUGGGUGGCUGGUGAAAUCUCCAAAGAAAACUGAUCUUUCCUAUAACAAGUUCACUGCUGGACUCUCAGAGGUGUCAAACUGCCAAAAUGGAGCUGUGAACUUGUUCGCAAGCUCAGAUAAGGCCAAUGACCCGACUGGAAUUCUUUCAUGUUUAAGGAGCUCCCAUUGUCCAAAACCUUUGUACUCUCUUAAUAUUAAUUGCGGCGGAAAAGAAGUUACUGUUAAUGGGACUACAUACGAAGCAGAUAUUAAUCAAGCAGGACCUUCAUACUUUUACUUAAGCCAAAGUAAUUGGGCAUAUAGCAGCACUGGUUACUUCUUGGAUGAUGCCCUCUUAAAGGAAAAAUAUAUUGGGCAAAACUCCUCCAUACUAUCAAUUAAAGAUCCCCACCUAUACAUGCAAGCGCGGCUUUCUCCCCUCUCUCUAACUUAUUAUGGAUUUUGUCUGGGAAAUGGAAUGUACACAGUAAAACUCCACUUUGCAGAAAUCAUGUUCACGGAUGACAAAACAUAUAGUAGCUUGGGCAGGCGCAUAUUUGAUGUUUACAUUCAGGGAAGACUGGUUUUGAAGGAUUUCAAUAUUGAGGUUGCAGCUGGCGGCAUUGGUAAGGCAAUCAUAAAAUCAUUUAAUGUUUCUGUCACCAAUGAAACUGUGGAGGUAUGUUUCAUCUGGGCUGGGAAAGGAACAACUGCUAUCCCAAUUAAAGGAGUUUAUGGUCCCCUUAUAUCAGCUAUUUCUCUUGAUCAUGAAUUCACUCCUCCAUUAGAAAAAAGAAGCAGUAUAUCUGCUAGCGGUGUUGCCGGAAUCGUGGCUGCAGCGGUUGCUAUUAUCCUGGUUGUGGGUAUCCUUUCAUGGAAAGGCUGUUCAAGACAAAAGAGUACACUGGAACAGGCCACAGAUCUAAAGGGUCUGGACUUGCACACUGGUUCCUUUACCUUAAGGCAAAUUAAAGCUGCUACAAACAACUUUGAUGUAGCUUUCAAGAUUGGAGAAGGUGGCUUUGGUUCUGUUUACAAGGGUGUUUUGGCAGAUGGCACUGUAAUUGCAGUUAAGAAGCUAUCAUCGAAAUCUCGGCAAGGAAAUCGAGAGUUUGUGAAUGAGAUUGGCAUGAUUUCUGCUUUGCAACAUCCCAAUCUUGUAAAGCUUUAUGGAUGCUGUACGGAAGGAAACCAAUUAUUGCUAAUUUACGAGUACAUGGAAAAUAACAGUCUUGCUCAAGCUUUAUUUGGUCCAGAAGAACAUCAAUUGAAGUUGGAUUGGCCAACAAGGCACAAGAUCUGUGUUGGUAUAGCGAGAGGUUUGGCUUAUCUCCAUGAAGAAUCAAGGUUAAAGAUUGUGCACAGAGACAUCAAGGCCACUAAUGUUCUUCUUGAUAAAGAGCUAAACGCUAAGAUAUCUGACUUUGGUUUGGCAAAGCUAGAUGAAGAGGAAAAAACACACAUAAGCACACGAAUUGCUGGAACACUCGGAUACAUGGCACCAGAAUAUGCAAUGCGAGGUUAUUUAACUGAUAAAGCAGAUGUUUAUAGCUUUGGAGUUGUUUCCCUAGAAAUUAUAAGCGGAAGAAGCAACAGUAGUUUCUGGCCAAAGGGAGAAAUUUAUCUCUUAGAUUGGGUUCAUAUCCUGAAAAAGAAAGGAAAAUUAAUGGAAUUAAUCGAUCCAAGAUUGGGGUCAGACUUUGACAAAGAAGAAAUGAUGGUGAUGAUCAGUGUGGCUCUCCUAUGCACUAGUGUCUCUGCCACAGUUAGGCCUACAAUGUCUUUGGUUGUAAACAUGCUUGAAGGCAGGGCUUCUGUUCUAGACUGGGAUCCGCGGUCAAGUGACUCCAUUGAUGAGGCCAACUUUGAAGCAAUGAGAAGCUAUUUUCAGUACAACAGAGAACAGACUAACAAGGGGAGCCAGAGCCAUAGUCUGUAUAUGGAUGGACCGUGGACGGGUUCUUCAACAUCUGAAGCCGAUCUUUAUCCAAUCAAUCGGGAUACAGAUCUUCUGGUCUCUAGAAAGUAGUCAUUAUAGAUGUCAAAUCUGUGCAAAUUAUCUCUGCUUGCUGGCUUCUUUGACAAGCUAUCUUCACCUCAAACAAGUUCAAGUAUAAUAUCAUGUUGAGUUUCCUUUUUUCUGUUAACUUUCCUUUUGAAUAUUUCUGAGUUUAUCAGAAGUGAAAAUAGUUGAAACAGAAUGCAUUAGAAGUUUAUAAGGAUUUACAGCUAUCCAUAAUUACCUAAUCGCAUGAUAACAUAUCAUCU